AUGUAUACUUAUCAUCAAUUCAAAUCUUAAUGUGAAUUAGUAAUUAGCUAAUGUUACUAUAAAGAAGGAGUUAAUCGUCAAAAUCUUUUAAGAGAUGAACAACAUUUGCUGACAAUGCUAACAAAUAGUUAUCAUCAUAAUCAUUCAAAAGAACUAUAGUUAAUUGAUUAACUUAUGUAGGAUUAUAGACAUUUAUAAAUGUACAUAUAUUUACAAAAGUAAUAAAAAUAUAUAAAUAAGUAUUGUGAAACAUGUGGAAAAACAUUUGCAUGUGAUUCUAAAUUACUCUCAUGAUCCAUUUCAGAUGAAUAAAAAGUUAACAAAGUAAGUUGGAACAAUAUAAUAUGCUGGUCAUCAUAUUCAUCAUUUUCAAGAAUUACAUUCUUUAGGAAAGAUGUUUAGAGAAUAUUUUGGAAUGAAUGUUGACUAAUUUGAAGUUUGUUCAUAGAUGAUAGAAUUGUGUACAGACUUGUAACUUGUGAAAGACCUUUACCUAAGUUAUUUUUGUAAGAAUUAUGGAUUAAUGGCAAUAACAAUUUAAUAAAACGGACAUUAUUUCACGGAAUUUUAUAAAACAUAUGAUUUCUCUAUUACAGAUGAGGAUUACUCUAUUCCUCCUCCUGGCGGAUAUAGUAAUUAAUAUCCAACAACUUAAUUGCCUAAUUCUUCAUUUCCUCCUCCUUAUGGAUCCAAUAUUAACCAAUAUCCAUAGCAAUAUAGCAAUCCAUUACCUCCUCCAGGAUAAUAUCCAUCUACAGGAUCAUAGAUCCCCUCAACAUAGUACCCAUCUCCUGGAUAAUAUCCACCUCCAGGAUAAUAUCCUAAUUAAUAACCAAAUAAUUAUGGAAAUCAACCUUAUUAAUAAGGAUAAUAACCUCCUUAUCAAUAACCUUAUGCUCCCACUACUGGCUAUCCAAAUUAAUCUUAUCCCUAAAAUUCAAUUGGAUAUCCUCCUAAUCCAACAUAACAAGCUUAUACACCACCAAUGUAAACUUAGACAUAUCCUCAAUAACCAAAUUAUGUUCCUAUGCCACCACAAGCAAAUUAUUAAAAUACACAAUAAUAUCCUUAUAAAUGAAUAUAUCAUUUAUUAAUCAGGAA